AACGUGCUCGCGCUCGUCCCAGUGAGCAGACCCCGCGGCGGCGAGUGGUCGAGAUGGCCCUCGCCGGUCUCGGGCUCCGGAGAGCUGCGGUCUCCACUCUUCGGCUCCGUCUCGCGACGGGGUCUCCAGCCCGCAGGCGCGCGGCGCAUUUCUCUUUCCAGCCGGACCCGGAGCCCACCCAAUAUGGCCAGACACAAAAAAUGAACCUUUUCCAAUCAAUAACAAGUGCCUUGGAUAAUGCCUUAUCUAGAGAUCCAACUGCAGUAAUAUUUGGUGAAGAUGUAUCCUUUGGUGGAGUUUUCAGAUGUACCGUUGGCUUGAGAGACAAAUUUGGUAAAGACAGAGUGUUCAAUACUCCUUUAUGUGAACAAGGAAUUGUGGGAUUUGGCAUUGGAAUUGCAGUCACUGGUGCCACAGCUAUCGCCGAAAUCCAGUUUGCUGACUAUAUUUAUCCCGCCUUUGAUCAGGUUAGAGCAUAUUUUAAGAUGUCGAAAAUUAGAAG